CAACCAACCAGCCAGCCUACCAGCAAGCCUACCAGCCAACACCGAUCCCAACACCAUCGCCACACUCUUACUACGACCCCCAAAUACAUCGCCACUACCGCCAGCAUCUUCACCACCGACAGCAACAUCAACAAAACUCCAAUUUGACAAGUGAAGAAAUGGCAGUGCGGUUCCGAUGUUAUGCCUUACCAUUAAUCUCUGGUAUUAUUUUACUAUGGGUGCCGCUCUUGGAAGCUGCUAACAUUAGGCGUUCAUUUUGUCCUUCCCCUCCAAAAGUUGACAAUACCAUCCCGCUAACCGUGCAGAGAGUUCCAGUCGGAGGAUACGUCAACUACACAUGUAAAGAUAACUUCUAUGCAUUCGGAAUUACAACAGCCAUGUGUAUCAUCAAGAACCACCAAAGAACACGUUGGAUUGGUCCGGACAUGAUAUGCGAAAAAAUGUGUGGUAAACCACCCGACUCACCCAGAGCUUACCCCGUCAACUCUACUAAAGACCGUUACCCUCCAUAUAUGGUCAUAGAAUACCGUUGCAAAUAUGGUCGACUGACCCUUGGGAGUGCUACGACCGUGUGUCGCAAUGGUAAAUGGAAAGCAGCCAGCUUCUUCUGCAUGAAACAGUGUGGAAGACCUCGGAGUGUUCCAAACACUGAGCUUAUUACAUCUUAUCCCGACCAGAAACAGUUUCGAGAAAAAACCACUGUGUCGUAUAAAUGCAACGAGGGAUACCACCAGACAGGCAUCAAUUUGGCAUGGUGUUUCCGGGGCAAGUGGCGUGGACCUUACAUUAACUGUACUGUGAGUCGAGAAAAACUGAACGAGUUGUGUGGGGCACCUCCUGAAAUUGAGAACGGAGAAGCGCGAAUACGAGACGAACCAGUUCGUCAUGUGAUUUAUUCCUGCGCCGAUGGCAUGAAGCUUAUCGGAUCUGCAACUCUGAAUUGCCAAGCCAGGGGUGUCUGGGAUAAUGAACCGCCAAGGUGUUUAUUGAAACCAAGUUUCUGUGGCAAACCUCCUGCCAUUCUGGAAGCUCGGCACAAUGCUUCUUUAGUCCGACCAGCAUUUCCUCAUGGCAGUGCCCUCUUGUACAGUUGUAUUCCUGGUUAUUUCCAUGUUGGUAACACCAUAGCAAGGUGUGAUGGCACUACGGCAAGCUGGAAAGAUCUUACUAUGAAAUGUGAACCAAUGCAUUGCAGUCCUCCAGGUGAGAUUUCAGGUGGACGAAUCGAAGGAAGUAAAUACACGUACAUGUCGAAAAUAUUCUUCCACUGUGACAUUGGACACAAGUUGAUUGGUCAGAAGUUUCGAGUGUGCCAAGAAGACGGUAACUGGGACGGGCCAAUGUCCACUUGCCAACGUGAAGUGUGUCCCGUCUUGGAGAAACCAGAGAAUGGUGGCAAGUUUGGCAGCAAUAAAUACAAUGAUGUGACAAAGUAUGUCUGUUACAGUGGCUUCAAAUUGGUUGGCGAUGUAGAACGUAGGUGUACGGAGAACCUCACGUGGACAGGCUCACAACCGAAAUGUGUUGCAUUCCAGUGUCGAACUCUCAGACCACCAGCCAAUGGUCACGUUGUUGCAGAAUAUUCUGUGAAUAGUUUGGCAAAUUAUUCCUGCUACAUUGGUUUUGAAUUACAAGGACCCUCUUCAAGACGGUGCCGAGAAGACGAAACAUGGACAGGAACAGAACCACAAUGUAUUGAAACUGGUUGUAAGGCACCAGAACCAUUAUGGUUGGGAACCAUAUCAGGAUCAAGUUAUAAAGCAGGAUCUAUUAUAUUUUUCAGUUGCAAUUAUGACACAACAUUUGAAGGCAUAACAGAAUCUUCAGUUUGUGUUGACAGUCACUGGUCAGCAGAAACCCCCAAGUGUUAUGCAAAAUGCACAAUUCCAAACGUCCGAGGGCUUAACAUUUUCCAGCAAGACUUCCUGAAUUUGAUCAGGUUAAAGCCAUACGACACCAUAAAACACAGAGUCACUGUCAAUUACUAUUGUGAACCUGGUUAUAGGCCGUCAGUGCCAAAGUCAUUGUCGUGUCACAAUGGAACUUGGACUAGGGAUAUAAAAUGUACUGAAGACAAUUCCUCAUUUUGCGAGGAGCCUCUGACACCUGUCAAUGGCCUUAUGACACUCGAGACAACGCCAGACAAUCCUAACAAAAUUGAACCAGGAACUCAUGCUAUAUAUUCUUGUAAACCUGGGUAUUCUCUACAUGGGAAAAAAAGAAUGAGAUGUGGUGACAAUGGCAGAUGGGAAGGUGAUACCCCCAGGUGUAUGUUCUUCUACCCAGAUGCCAAAAAGUGUACGGACCCAGGUACACCAGAAAAUGGUCACCGAGCAGUAUCAGAUUCUUCAUUUGGUUUGAAUACAGUUGUUACAUUUUACUGCAAUCCAGGAUAUACUUUAUUUGGAAAGGAAAAGAUAACUUGUUCGUCUAAUUUUAUGUGGUUGUACCCCAAACCUAAAUGUAUCGCCUUUGUCAUGGGAUAGGGGUCGCUUGCGUUUUUGUUUACUGUUUCUCUUUUUUGUUUUUUACUCUCUGAAUCUUUCUUUUCUUUAAAAAUGAGAAGUAAUAUUUUGUAAGAUUUCUUUUUUAAGUUUAUGUUAUGUAAUGAAAAUAAAAUGGAAAUUAUAAAUA